GAUUCGAUCAAUCCAUUUCGAGACUGACGCUCAAAGCUGCAAAAAUGUUGAUGGUGAACGUUUGGCCUUUCGUAAUUUUGGCAGUUUUAAUAGCUCCGGUGACGCUAUCUAGUGAUGUUUUGGGUAAGUUAUACAUGAUAUAAGAACGAGACGGAACUUAAAAAGAAAAUUCUCAUCGAUCAAUUGCACUUUUCAAUGGCCAAACCUUACAGGCAGACGCCAAUCAGUUUUGCCAAAUAUUGUCUUGAAACUUUGAAACUUUGACAAAAAUUCAUCUAAUUGUUAAAUAUAAUAAGGUUAACACAAAUUAUCCCAUUAUAGUUACAAGUUUGUUAAGUACAGUGAUGCGGCUCUGUAACUACGGCAAGUCCACUUUAUGUUUCUUUUUUUCUUUUUUUUGGCCUGGGAACUCAUGAUCAAUUAAUUUUUAAAAAGUAAAACGUUUUAUGGACAGUGGGUAAUACUUUUCUUCACUCGAGCGCACGUCAAAACUAAAUCAAUUUAAAAAGGUGCCACUUUCUUACUCAGGCAGUAAAACAACUCGACUGAAUGACCGCAGUAUAGAGAUUUACAAACAUGGUGUCCUGAAUGUAUGUAAGAAUAUUCCUACAACUGGUAUAAGCAAAGGAGUUUAUUUAUUUAGCUUUCUUUAGGUUUUCGCCAUUGUAAAGUCAUUUUAUGAAAAAAAACAUUCAGGUUCCAUUAAUUCUGCGAAUGGAAUAAAGAAAGAAGCUAACAGUAUUCAAAAUUUCUUGGCGCUUAGAAAAUAACAUUCCAAGCGAACACGAGCAUUCAGGCAUCGGUCAAAAAAUUUUGUUUUAAUUACAAAUUGAAGUUUGAGCCAAAAAAACUAUUUAAUUAGGACAUACUACUGGUAAACUGACUUAUUGGCAAGGUUCAUAGUUAUUAGUUAUGUUUUCAUAACAACACCAACACAAAUUUUAAUGCAAUAAAAAUAAUACAUUGAUGCAAAGUAGAAACGCUACUGAAAAAGAAAGACUAGUUGUGCAAGGAAUUUGAACGUUAGUUCAACACGCCGGUAAGUCAGGACAUCAUAGGCAACUUGUGGAAGAACAUGAUACCCUUCCCACAUGCAAAAGCAACUUGUCUAAGCAUCGAGCGAGGCUUUUCUUGCGAUAAGUAAAAUACUAUUCAACUUGCUGCAUUUAGAAACGUUCUUUCAGUUCUUAUCUGGUUCAAUGCUAAUGGUAAAUGUUUGGCUCUUAGUAAUUAUUGUAGUUCUUGCACCUUUAAGCCAGCUUUAUAGUAAGUUACCGGUUGAAAGAGACACUAGUUAUUCACCAUUAAAACUCUGAAAAGACAUUUUCACGCACUUGUUAAUCAUUUUGCUUUUCUCUAAGUUUCCCUUUAAUUAAACGCAAAUAUUCUGUCGGCUGUCCGUUUCAGUGAAACUGAUACAAAGAAGUGGAAAUAGCCAGGAGUAGUGAAAGUAACUACCUACAAAACUAUUCUCUUACUGAAAUUUCCGUAUAUUUAGAGUGCAAAUAUUAACUAAAGGAACUGAUCUCUUUAAAACAGGAAAUAAAAAACACACCCCGAUCCUGAAAAGAUAAUGUAAUCUUAAUGUCUACAAGGAUUCAAGCGUGAAAAUAAAAUGUUAGUGUUUACUGUUUGCCACGGUUUCCACUUUGAACGAAUUCGAUAUCUUAAAACGCUUCCAAUACUACAUUUCACGAAUAGAAUAUGUAAAGAAGCCUACAGUGUUAAAAAUUUCUUGGCGCCCAGAAAAUAACAUCCCAAAGAAAAUGAGCAUCAAGGGAUCGGUCAUCCUGUUAAUGACAAAUUGAAGUUUGAGCCCAAAAACUAUUCAAGUAGGAUACACUACCAAUAAACUGACCUAUUGAAAAUAGUUAUUAGUUAUAAGUUUUCAUAAGAACCCUAAAACAAAUUAUAAGGCAAUGCCAAAAAAAAAAUACAUUGAUUCAAACUCGAAUCACUACUGAAAAGAAAUACCAGUUGUGCGAAGAAUUUGCACAUCAGCUGAACACGCCGGUAAAGUCGGACCUCAAAGACAACUUGUGGAAGAACAUAAUACCCUUCCCACAUGCAAAAGAGCGAGGCUUUCAUUGUGAUAAGUAAAAUACACGUUGACUUGUUGCAUUUGAAAUUUUUUUUUUUCAAUUCUAUUCUGGUACAUUGUUAAUAGUAAAUGUUUGGCUCGUAGUAAUCAUUGCAGUUCUUGUCACUGUAGUCAUUGCCAGAAAUUAGGGACAAGAUGGCGGUUGCGCGUGCGCACUAAGGCCACAAUGGCUGCGAAUUCGUAUGAGAAAAUGUAUGGAGAUAAGGAAACUUUUUCAAAUAUAUCGAUUAUGAGCUCACGGGUGUUCGGUGCCCGACUCGAAACAUGUUAAGUGCUGUGUAACCCUCGCAUCUGGGUUAAAAAUAGCUAAUUAGAAGUAGGUUUACUUACUUCCUGACGUGGCCACUUUUAUUCUUUGUUGUACGCUCCAUUUCUCCAUACAUUGUCUUAAAAUCUUGCCGAAGUCAUGCGAAAUACUCGUCGAUUAGAGGAUAAACCCUUCACUGAAGUAAAUUUGCCCGACUCGAUAUCACUUCUGCGAUGGAAGAUGUUUCCAAAACAGUCGUUAAAAGGACGAUUUUUGCACUGCAAAAUACUUCCAAAGGCGCAUUAUUUCCCUCAGUUUUCCAUCUGUAGUCCAGUAAUGGACGCCAUGGUUGCGAAUGACACAUUUCGGUCGGACACAGCUUCACAACUCCAAACCCCACAGAAUCGCCAUUUUGUUUGUUGCUACAACUCCAGAGAUGCUUCACGGGAUAUAAACUAGGUUCCAGGCAUUCAAAAAUCCUCGAUUAGCCUACCAGGCUUGGUUUUAAAACAAAAUUGUCACGAAAAUGUCACGAAAGGUACAUCCGCGUACUGUUUUGUUGCUAUCAGCCGCUCGGCCGCGUAUAAACCUAACAUUUUCUUGCAAGGUGUUUAAUUCCAGCUUUUUUCUUCGUAAAACAGAUCCACAGAGCUCAAAUUAUUUAAAAAAUCGCAAGGGAUACGCUUUCCCUGACUACGAUAGUUUUUGUCCGCCAUUUUAAAAAUGAGAUUCCGCUGACAAUUGAUCACGGGCGCGAAAUGUCCACGAUUUCUGGCAAUGUUCACCUUGAAGUCAGCAUUCUGGUAAGUUACCGGUUGUUGGAGAGUCUGGUAAUUCACCAUUAAAUCACACGAAACGAAAUUCUGAAAAUAAAUUUUGGGACUAGCUAUAACAGUCACACACACUUGUUAAUAACUUUUAUUUCUCAGAGUUUCCCUUUAAUUAAAUGCAAAUAUCCCGUCGGCUGUUCGCUUCAGUGAUACAAAAACGUGGAUAUAACGAAGAGUAGUGAAAGUAAUUAUCCAUAACACAUUUUUCUCACUCAAAUGUCCGUAUAUUUAGAGUGCAAAUGUUAACUAAAGGAAACUGAUCUCUUUAAAAUAAGAAAUAAAAAAGGCCCCAUUCCUAAAAGAUUAAUGGCUACAAGGAUUCAUGCGCGAAAAUAAAAUGUUAGUGUUUACUCAGUUUGCCACUGUUUCCUCUUUGAACCAAUUCCAUCUCUUAAAACGCUUUUAAUACUACAUUUCCCGAAAAUCUAGUGUGUCAAAUGUUGCGACGAAAGGGUAAAAGUAUACACAGGAUGUCAUUUAACAAAAAUAUAACAUUAAAAUUCAUUUUAUGUUUACAACUGGCCGUAGUAGACUUAUUAACUGAUGGUCAUUAAUUCGGACACAAAAAAUAUCCAAGAGGAUUUGUGUUCAUCCUUUAUCAUGUCCUUCAGUUUAAAAGUUAAAAGAAUAUACGUGGGUUUUGGUAACGGCAAUAUCAUGAAUUCCGUUUGUUUGAUCAAAGGUCUUCACAAAGAAAUGGCUUCUUUCGCCAAACUACUGAUUUGAUGCUCCUAUACGAGGUUUCGUUCAAUGAGGUUUUUGAUACCCAAGAAGGGAGGUUUCUGGUGCAGAAUAAGACACCCAAUUAUCAGUCAUCCAGGAAGAGCAGAAAGAGCUUUUUAGAGCAGAUAAUUUCAGACUUCUUCUGUACUUAAAAAAUAAUCCUUUCUCAAACCUUUCUCAUUGCAAUAAUGGCACUAAUAAAUUUAACGGGAAAGUUUGAUACAUGCUUAAAGACCUGCUUUUAGUUUUACAACUUACAGUUGAAUUAAAUGUACUAAAAGCAAUGAAUUCUGUUCCGCAAAAGGAGGAAAAUGUUUCCCAUAAAUUAACAGGAAUUUUCACAUUAUUGACUCACCUUAUUAAAAACCUUUAAUGAACCAUAGUUGGUUUAAAUGAGACCACUUACCGUUUAUUGAAAAAAUCUUUACGUCCUUUUGAUUUGCUUGAGCGGUUUCAAUUUGAAGCUUUUAAGUAAGAACAAAGGAAAUUCGUGGGAGAACUUGAUACCCCUGCCUAAAAGCAAAUUCCAAACCUGUUGGUUAAUAAGAAAUUCUAAGUGGGAGACGUAAUUUUUAGUCUUCAUUCAUCAAAGUAAACACAGUUUGGACUCGAUCCAUCCGUUUUAAGACUGAAGAUUAAAGGUGGAAAAAUGUUGAUGAUAAACGUUUGGCUUUUCGUAAUUUUCGCGGUUUUAAUAGCUCCGGUGACGCUAUCCAGUGAUGUUUUGGGUAAGUUAUAGAUGAUGUAAGAACGAGACGGACGGCACAUAUAAAUCGACUUCUAAUCUUUACACCUUGAAACGGCCAAACCUUUCACGCAGACGCCAAUCACUUUUGUCCAAUAUUGUCUUGAAAACUCCCAAAAUCUGUUUUCUAUUCCGGGGAAAAAGGCAGCGCUAAGUAAACUGAUUUGGAUAAUGAAUAUUUACAAGAGGAAAUCCUGAUGAUGUGAAAGAGAGAAGAAAGGAGAAAGAAGAAAAAGAGUAGGAAAAAAGACAACAGGACCUUAUUAUUACUGGCGACUUUCACCGGUCUGUUUUUAAAAAAUCUGACUUGGUAUAUUUUGCAUGAAAAGUUUUGAAUGAGCUUGUUUCUUUAUUUGAUUUUAUUCUAUUCUCCAUUUUCCUUUUUAUUUAUUUUUUUUUUCAAGGUUUGUAGAUCAUUCUGAUCUUUACUUAGGGUUCAGCAGUUAAAUUCUGGGAUGAAUGUCUGAGCAAAAUAAUCAUAGAAUGACAUUAAUAUCUCAGAACAAGAAUUAAUGCGUUGGCCAAGUUUUUUUCCUAUUGUCCUGGGAAAACGUCGCUGACCUUGGGGCAUAAUUCCAUAUCGCAACAAACGCGAUUCGAUUUUACUUAUAUGUAUCGGUAUUCCGUCUUGUAGUUCUCAGUUCCUGCAGUGCUUACCGAUUUGUUGUCAAAGACGUGUCACCAGGCCAAACCAAUAAUGUAACAAAUUAAAUGAGUACGACUUUCGAAACAACAAAACUCGUUUACGUCCACGCUCAGAGGUUUAAGGUUUGAGGUCAAGAAUGUUGGAGAAAACCAUCUUUUUACGAAUGUGUGAUUUAGAAAAUCGCCCUUCCAUUGAUGUCAUUUCCACACUUAUCUAUACUUCUCCGUCUUAUUAAUUGGGGUAAAAUUUGAUCUAACUAUUCUUAACUUAAGGAAUUUCCUAUAUUGAAAGUUUCGAGUGUGGAUUAUAAAGAGACCUGGUUAUGCAAUAAAGAUCUUGAAAUGUCUCUCUUGCCUUAAUCACACAUCUAUCCGAUGAAGUGAGGAGAAGUGCACAACGUUACGGUCAGAAUAAUAUUCAGAAUAAGAAUAUUUACGAGGAAAGCUUUUUAUUAACCCAAUAGAACCAAACAUUUCAUUCUGGUUGAUUUUGUUCAAUCUCUCAGCUAGACGACUGCAUUUCUUUAAAACAAGGCAAAACAAAACGCUCUUGUCUUGUCCGGAUAAUUCUUCGCAACUGGUACUUAAUAAGAGUUGUCCUAGCCUGUGAGCCACUUUAAUUGUGGAUCGCUUGAUCCUCCAUCAGUUCGUCCCACACCAGACCUUGGCAUUUUCAGAAGAACAUUAAAGUUUUUUGCCAAAAAAGAAGUUGUGGCAGGGUGGUCCAAAUUUUCAUCCUAUUUUGCUGAGAAAAUAUCCUCAGCUUUUACCCCCAACAAACCCGACUGCAUUUUAUCCAUUCCGGUUUAGGAUAUGUAUUCCGAUCUCAAUACAUGCUCACUGGCUGAUUUUUCACAAACACGUCACAUGACGUAAAGGGUACAACCUGUGCAUUGACAAAAUGCGUAUAAAUCCGUGCUCAACAGUUUAAGGGUUCGAGGAAAUGUUUGAGAAAAAUGUCAUCUAUUUUGAUGAUUGUAAAAUUUAGAAUUUUGAUUUGCUAAAACCAUAUUUCUUUCGGUAAGUUGGCAAAUGUUUGGUUAGAAAGAAUCGGAAAGGCCAGAAAAAAGCUCAGUGGUUCAAUAGAAUUGCAAAGACAUGCUAUUGAUGGUUUUCCUGUCACAAGGCCAUCAAAAAUAUAACAGAUUCAACAUAUAAGUAGGACAAAUCUUCAAGCAAAAUUUCAAGCCGAUAUUAUGAUUCGCUUUAGCAAUAAAACGUGUUGUAAUUUCAUCAAAUUUAUGCAGUCGGAAGCACAGGAACUUUUAAAAUGACACAAAAAACAAUACUUUUUGAGGAGUGCUUUAUGCAAUCCGUAAGGGGACGCUCGGCACUCACUACACAGUCUUGCCGUGCAAUUCGAAUGGCUCAAGGAAUACUUCCCGCAACAUUUAUGGUGCAGGACAUUAUCUCUUCAAUGUAGUUUACGAAACCGUUAAUUUUCUGAUUUUUAGAGGAUCCAGACUGCAAAAAUGAAGAUUACUAUGAGUUGCCACUGAAACAUCUGGUUAAUUGGGAUUGCUGAGAAUGUAUAAAUAGGUCUUGCAGCCAAAACGUAGGUAGCGUACACGUCGGCCCACGUCAAGGUUUACCCUCGGUUUCUUGGUAUAGGCAUUUUACCAUGCAGUUUGCUUUAGCGUUUGCUGCCGCUGUCAACGCCGACCAAGUUCAAGGGCACAUUUUCAGUGACAGGACAAACCCAUAUCAUAGCUAGUUUAAAGGAAACAAGUCAUGUUCGUCAAUGAUAACUUUGUAAGCAAUAAGGACCGACGCUACAUCGCAGCUUUCGUCUGCCAAGGAAUGGUGAGCGAGUUAAAUUUCUUCAAAGAGGCGGGAGGCGAGGCUUCAGUUGCUCUCCUAACAGUUUGUCCAUUUCCAAGGUCAAGUGAUUGAGCUGAUUAAGAAGGAUUGCAAGCCUAUUAUUUAUUUAUUUACUUUUUUUAACUGCUGUUCUUUUUAGGCUCCUUUUCGCACUCAUUAAGUUACGUGCGAUGGUAUUUCAGCUAUUAGACCUUUAUCAUACAGUAGCAUUCAUCCUCCACGGGUAUAUAUGACCAGCUCCCAGUUAGCCAAACUAAAAAGCGCACAAAGAAUAAUGGUCUCAGUCGAUAACAGUAUUAGUUGAGAGGGUCGCAUUAAUAAACUACAAACUGGUGAGAUUCUGAAUCAUGCAGAUUACCAAUAUCUAAGCUAUAGAAAUUAAUAAAUUAAUUGCUUAUCCUAGUGGUAAAAUAUACUUUAUUCAUGUCUGCUGGCAGUGGGUACUAAAAUUAUAUCAUUAUUAUCAUUAUUAUUAUUAUUAUUAUCAUUAUUAUUAUUAUUAUUAUUAUUAUUAUUAUUAUGUGCAGUUAAAAAACGUAUGUAUGCUAAAAUAGAACCACAUAGGGCGCGCAGCGUAACCUAUGCGAUCUUAAGGAACUAUAAAAAGAAAACUGCUGAGUUAAAAAAAAAUUAGCGAUAAAAUAUAAAAAUCUCAUAAACUAUAAAAGUUCUCUAAUACAAAAACUAUAUGGAGCUUCUACCCUAUUCCCUAAAGGAAAGUCAAUUGACGGUAGCUUUGAAAGUUCUCACUAGCUAUGUUGAGAGAACUCGAGAUGGUAGCCUUCUGCCUUCUGCUUAUUACUAUUAUUAUUAUUAUUAUUAUUAUUAUUUAUUAUUAUUUUUUUAAUAGAAAAUAAUCUUUAUUAAAAAUAACCAACUCUUUUAAAACACAACCCUAUGCACUCCUAAAAAUUAUUAUUAUUAUUAUUAUUAUUAUUAUUAUAAUUGUUAUUAUUAUUAUUAUUAAUAUAUAUAUAUAGCCAAGCCUAAAAGCGGAGCUCCACAAUAGAAGUCUGCUUAUUGUAUGAGCGUAAUAACCUUAUGAGUUCCUCAUCAAUUCUGCAGUUAUAUAGUACAUUUUUAAUGCAUAUGCAGCAAACUGCUCAUCAACAAUAACAAUGUAAAACAGAGGGCAAAAUUACUGAAUGCUGAUUUGUUGUAACAGAGGGCAGUUUUUCGUAAUUUUUCUUUCACCGAGGGCAAAAUUACCUACUCCUGAUUGGUCGAUCGGCGAAAAUACUCGCUCCUGAUUGGCUGAGCACGACAGUUUUACAUUUUGUUGGUUUCUGCAUUUUGUGUCCAAAAAAACUAGUUCUUUGAGGUUCUUUCGAAGUUCGACUCUUUAAGCCGGGUUUUUUUUUUUUUUUACCAAAAAUACAUGGAAAUAAAGUGCUGCAGCUAGGAAGGAAAUUCCUAAAGGUUAAUUUUGGUGUCUCUCACAAGAAACAGCAAAGGAUUAUUUGUGUCAAAAGCUAAAGACUUGGAUCGGAUUGAUUUUAUUUUGUUUGGUUGAGAAACUGAAAUCAGUCAUGGCGUCCAAGUGCUUUCAACGAACGAUAACCGAGCAUGAAAGUGUCCUUUUGAUGGGAGGAAGGAGCAGGAAGAAAUUACUCCGCAAGUUCCUUCUUUGGAUCCAUCGUUUGCUAUUUUUAUCGAUCUAUGUUCGUGUAAUUUCCAAGCCGUAGGAAGCUUCACAGCGCAGGUGAACAAUUAAUUGAUGCCUAACAUUUGAUUUAUCGUUGUUAGUUUGCUCCUGAAUUAAACUUGUAUUCUCUCUUAAUUACAUGUGUAUAAUGGGAACUGUUCUCGUCGGUUUUGUUUGUUUUGUACGCUACGAAAAAAUUGAAUAAUUUGUUGGUUUGCUUGCACAUUCGAUGAGGGUUUUACUGACUGUUUUACGAAGUUCCUUGAUAGUUUUAGGAACAUUUUGCCCUCUGUGUUAUAAAAGCGGAAUUUAAAUGGACUCAAAAUGAUAUUUUCCUUUUUUAUUAUUGUUUUUAGUUUUUAAGAUGAUCGAGGCAAAACGGUUUGUGAACAGCCAACGCGCGCUACCGGCACUGUCACUGUCUAGUAAAUUUUGCUUAUCAAGAAGGCCGUACGCUAUAAACCUCAGAGAAAAUGGAUACCCUAACCAAAAAACACACUUCAAAUAUAUCUUUGAGUAAUAAAUGAAAAAAGCACUGUGAUAAUUCAUAGCAAUAAGUACAGAAAUAAACUAAACAGCGGUCUUUGAAAAAUUCACAAAAAACAAGCGAAUGAAUGUUUUGCGUAAACUUUGUUUUGAUGAAAAUGAAAUUACACUUUAACUUUACAUUCGCUUUUAACGUUCUUUGAAAAGACUUUCAGAGAAAAUUACUCACACAUCUUAAUCUUUGCGGUUAUAUCCUACUGUUUUAAGUGUUUUUGUUUGUUCUCUGUCAAGAUUGUCAGAAAUAAAUGCUAAAAUUAGAAAUAUAUGCGAGAAAAACUUGUCAGUAGUUUUAUGCCAACCAUACAAUGUUGGGAGACGUUUGUUUGACUGACUAUUGUAGCUCAGAAUCAAUUUUUUUAAAUGAAUCAAAAUGGGAUGAGAUUAGAAAAUAAAACUCCAAGGGAAAUAACGAACAUGGACCGAAAAAUGAGCUCAAAAGGCUGCUCUGAGGUUAAACAAGUUGCAGUGUCAACACUACAAGAAAAAAAUAUCUUGCAAAAACAGCAAAGUUUUGUCAACAAAAUCACAUGAAUAUACUCGCCUCUUUGGAGAAUAACCAGUCCUUUUAUUCGAUUGCUGAUUUUUUCGUUUGUUUACAACGUUAAGUUUCACUUCAAGAGGAAAUAUCCAUCGCAUCUUAAUUUCAUUUCAUUCCGCCAAAUGAAAGGAAGUUAGUUGCUUACUUUAUUUGGCAUGAUGGUGACGGCGUAUCGUCAACAUACCUUCGGUAGAAAGAAGGGAGUUUGCCCUGUCGUUCAAGGUUUUCUUCGAUGGAGGACAUGAAAACGUUAGCUAAUAAGGGACCAAGAGGGGAUCCCAUAGCAACGCCAUCAGUCUGUUCGUACAGGGCGCCAUUAAACUGGAACAGUCGUCCUUUGGUGGCUGCACUGAGGAGGUCGACAAGAUCCGAUCUGGUUAGGUUCAAGUCGUAUGUUGUAUUAAACCAAUUGUUGGUGAAAGCUCUAUUCGCGAGUAUCUCUAUUGUUUUAUCUAAGGGUACGUUUGUAAACAAGGAAGACACGUCGUACGACACCAAAAUGUCGCCGUUCGCGAUCUCUGAAUUAAGAAUUUCAUUCAUAAAUUCAAAUAUGUCAGUUACUGUGUACCGAUUCAGAGACAGAGGCUUACGUUUUGUGUCGAGACAUUUUGCCAAGGCGUAGUUGUAUGUUUGCGUUGCUGGUAGUAUAGGGUAUAUAGCUAAGCGCUCCUUGUGUGUUUUUGGUAAACCAUCCAAGUGCGCUAAUCUGGAGCCUGUAGGGUGGACAGUAUCUGCAAUAGACUUUGGCAGAAUCCUGGGGACGGUAGAGUCUAAAUCCCUCUCCUUCUGUAGAAGUGGGUGAUAGUGUUUCGGUGGUCUGCCUUUACUCGCAGGUCUUUCUAGAGGAACAGCCUGAAAUUUACUUGAAUCAUUGAUGGAUGCUUGGGUAAUUAGUCGAAGAUAUUCAGACUUGUCCAUCACUACUACUCCCGACCCUUUAUAUAUAUAUCUGGUUUGGUGAUGACGAUGUCGUCGCGUCGCUUCAAUUGUUCGAGGGCAAUCAGGAGUGUCUUGGGAGGUUUCUGUACUUUGCGUUACUCUACAAAGAAACGGAUGAUGACGAAUAUAUACAGAACAUGUCGUCUUACGAGUUUUCCUUUUUCUGGAAAUGGGUUCUGUUUCGGGACUUGAAAUUUGCCAUUCCCCAACGGGUCUCUCCCACUGAAGUGAAAGCGAGCUUUGAGAAAGCUUAUUGGAGCCUCGCACCUCACCUUGGAAACGACAAUUUGAAAGGAGCUAGCGACGACAACCCUACAAUCCGUAGCACUGAACUACAUUCAAUGCAAAGUACAGAAAUCUAAACAUCAGUCAUCCAGCCAAAACAGAAAGAGUUUUUUUGAGCGCAGAAUUUUAGACUUUUUUGUACAAGACAAGAAAUCCAUUUUUUUUUUUUUUUCAAAACUUUGUCGUUUUAACUACCACUGCUAAUUUUAAUGGGAAAGUUUAAUACAUGCAUGCAUAAGGCCUUGCUAAUAUUAUCUCAACUUCAGUGGAAUUCACAAUGACACUCAAGACUGUACUUAAAGUGGACGACACUCCCCUUUGGUCCCGCCUUAUCGCUUUGAAAACCAUUUCAACGUUCUCAGUUACCCACAGAUAACACCUUUGUUCUGUCACAAAGAUUUUGCUAUUACCUUCGUAAUUAUAAAGGAAAUAAAGGGGAGAUGUAAGGAGUCGACCAUAAGAGGACACAGAAAAAACCUCAGCUCCAGAUGGGAUUCGAACCCACGACCCUCCGUGUUCUCUUAUGGUCGAUUCUUUACAUCUCCCUUUAUUUCCUUUAUAGUACUUAUAUCAGACGCAUACCUUCGUAAUUACACUCUAAUUAACAACCGAAGGAGACCAAUCAAUACAGCGUGAUCACGUGAUCAAUUGAAAUGUUUUGGCUUAAUAGAUAUGUCAGGCGAAGUUGUUUCGAACAGUUGAAUGUUAGGUACCAGCAUAGCCUGCGUAGCAGUCGUUUCCGUUUCCUUCAAGCCAAGCAGGGCAAGCGCGCGAGGGCAUUGGGCAAAAAGGAGCAAAAAAGUAGGAGCGGAGGGGAGGGGCGGGGAAGGAAAGGAAACGCCUGCCGCUGAGCCCAGACAUUUUACCGAACGCCGUUCGUCAGCGAACGGGAGGCAAUGAUGUAUUACCAUUGGUCAAUCGUCUGUCAAUCAAACUCAUAGACCAAAACGACAUCCGGUAAACCGUUUAUCAAAGAUGAAAAUACUGGCCGAGGUGGAAAAGAACUCUCUCGAGUGUCCUUUCGAUUUCGAGUUUGCUUUGCUUUGGAAACGACUAAACUACUUUCGCAGGGAGAUACGUUAAUUCAGUUGAAACUGGAGCAAAGGACUGCUUUAAGAGCGAAUGUCGAUUAACAUCAAGCAAAAUCAAGAAUUCUCGGUCACGCUCAAAAUAUAGUUUCUAUUGCGCUUUGGUUUGUUGGUAGGUAUUAUCGUCUCAACAAACAUGGUGUCAUUCGUUUUCCGAAAUCCCGCCGGAAUUUUUAAAAAUUUAAGAAAAUUUGUUCUAGCUGUCGGCGGUCUCAAAGACACGACAACAUAUUGGAAGCAAAAUUGGCUGGUCUGAAAGCAUGUUUCGCAUACGAACAAAGAAAUUUUUAUUCAAACUUUGUAAUCAUAAAUAGGUUGAGGAGGCCUCAAGUAACUACUUUGUAGGAAAAUUUCAGUUCUAACCACGGUCUGAAAAGGAAGUUUUCGAUAUUUAGAACGACUUUGUGUUUCACGCUACCCGAAAUACAAUUUUAUCCUGGAGACGCGAGGAAGUAUUUAGCCAUGUGGGACAAGCUCAUUCUGUCUGUAAUUCCAGCUAUUAGCAAAUGAGUUGAUAUUCUAAAACAUUAGUAAAAUUCGUCUUGGGUAAUUUUAUCUAUGCUUUGUUCGAGCGACGUAAAGUUCGAGAAAAUCUUCUAAAAUACUGCAACUUGAAGUAAACAAAUUGCCCGCCGCGAUUCUGUUUUUCCGGCGCUGAGAUUUACCAGAAGUUAAAAAUGAUUGGUUCUCAUGUGACAUUUGACGUGACAGUGUAGGCCCCAAGGGAGCGAAGCCAUUUGGGGGCGUUCGGUAAAAUGUCCGGGCUCAGCGGCAGGCGUUUCCUUUCCUUAUGUUUCCUUUCCUUAUGUCUCUGGUAAGUGCUUUCUAACGAAUCAGAACUUCUCCAAAUUGCAAGGAAAAUUUUUUGUAAUUUUCCUCAAACUGGAAUUAUGAUUCGUAAAAGGACAGCUUGUACUUGUUACACCAGGUACCAGAACUGACCCUUUCCUUUAGUUUUGUGUUUAAACAAUUUUAUAUUUAAAUGGGUGGUUUGAGACCCGUCUCAAAAGUGAAACUAAGAGGAAAUCAGAAAUAUGUUAGGGUGCGUUCGGUCAGUUGACCCUAUUCUGGAAGGGGAAUACAUACAAUAAUGUCACGAAAUCCUUCAUGAGAUGUUUUUUAAAUGGCUUAAAAAUUUCCACAGCCAAAGUUUGCAGGAAAGUCUUCCCAGAUUUACUUAAAAUUACUUAAAAUGAGAAAUCUUACAACCAUUCUGCUUUUUCAUAUUCCGAAAUAUGGUCAUUCGAACGCAACCUAGCAAAAACUAUUGGAAUUACAAAGAAAAAUCGGCGCAAGAAAGUAUUUCUCAGCAGAUUUUACUUGAAUGUCACACUUUAUUAAGAUUUUUUCAUUAGGCUGAAUAGCCUUUUUACCCUGUGCUUGAAUGGUCACAAUUUUAAUUUUCAUCAACUCUCCAAAGCUACAACCUCCUUGCAAAGCAUAAGAGGCGUUGCACAUAGUUUGGGAAAAACCUACACUCAACGCACAGGUCAAACACGUUGAUUUAAAACUUUCCGUUUAAUUUUGUAUUACUAUUGUUAUGGUCUUAGCAUUUACAUUUCACUGUAAUUUGUUGUUCAUUUCACACUGAAGAUGGCAGAGGCAACUGCCGAAACAUGUCUGUAAAACUCAGGAGUGUCGUGUUUUUCUUAAAAUUAUUUUCCUCACUGCUUUUAUCUAGACCAUUUGGAAUAACUAUAACUACAAUCACGACGUCAGAAUACUUUCAUGUGGUGUAAGCACAACUUUCAAAUGAUGGGAGCGAUCAUACAAAUUUCCUUCAGUGUACCAAAAGAAUUAUCUUGUACAAUGUUAUUUACGGUACCCCAAGGAACUUGUUAUCUGGACUUCUUCUCUAGUCCCAAAUGUUUCAUUAACAUUAGUAAGUCAUGAUAAAGAUCCGUAGAAAGUAUAAAUAACUAUUAUUCUUUUAUCAUUGUCAUCAUCGUCAUCAUCAUCAUAUUCUUCUCGUUAUUAUUUUCAUUUAAAAAUGGAAAAGUGCAUCCGAAACGGUGUUUGUUUUUCUUUGGAAGAGCGAAGGUACUAUGCGCUCGAACGCGUUCUAAGUGACGUCCAUUCAGAUGAAUUCUGAUAGUACUCUGUUUUUCUAACGAGACAAGCACAAUUGCUUGACGAUAGAGCACACUAGAGCACACAUAUUAUUGUUCUAACAUUGGCUGUAACUUGCCGCCUAAGUUAAUGAUUUUAUGACUGUACGAUGACCGAUUCUUUUUAACAGUUUCGAGGAAGACUAUCCCAUCUUAGGCCAAAUAUUUUUUGAUUUUAAAGCGGUUGUCUUUAAAGUAGUAUGUUAUGUGUCUGUAACAUUUGCAAAUAAGAGAUGUAAUAAUAAUAAUAAUAAUAAUAAUAAUAAUAAUAAUAAUGAUCGUUUAUACAACCUUUUUGCAGCAUAAACUGAAUUACAAGGCGGGUCAUUAAUUACAUAGAAAUAUAUCGGAAUUAUGACGCAUAAAUAUAACUGUUAAUGUUAAGACAUAUCACAUUUCGCUAUUUUAAACGAGAUUCUGGUAUUUGAUGGUGCAAAAAUUUCCAAAUCUGUUAUUUCUUGCGGAGGCAGCCACAAAAACAGAUUCUCCUGUUCUAAGGGCAUACGAUCUUGUAUUCGCAACUCUCGGCACUAAGCUUCGUAGCAGGUCGGAAGAAGAGUAACUUCGCUUGAGAAAUGUUAUACACGCAUCCUCCCUCCUCUGGCACAGCAAAAUUAAGCCUGACUUCUUAAGCGCGUCCUCGUAGCACAGAGAAGGAAAAAUAAUUUUUAGCGCCCUCUUUUGUAUUCACUCAAUUUGAUUACUUAAGUAUGUAGAUGUAGAUGUAGAUGUAGAUGGA